AUGGGGAAUUACAUUUCUUGUACUCUCUCCACAUCAAUCGGUGGCAAAUCCUCCACUUCUUCCACCACCACCGUCAUCUUUCCCAGCGGCCAAAUACGCCACUUUCACGAGUCCCUCAAGGCGGCCGAGCUCAUGUUCGAGAUCCCCAAUUUCUUCCUUGUUAAUUCCCAAUCCCUUCAUUUGGGUCGGAGAUUUUCAGCUCUGAUGGCCGAUGAGGAUCUCGAGAUGGGUAAUUUGUACCUUAUGUUUCCCAUGAACAAAGUAAAUUCGGUGGUGUCUGUCGCCGAUAUGGGGGCUUUGUUUCUCGCGGCCGAGCGGGUCUCCGGCGGGAAGAAGCGGCGGAUUGUCGGCGGUGGGGAUUCUACUGUUUGUGUUUGGCCGGAGGUGGAAACAGAGGAAUCGAAACCGAAGUUGAAAUUGGAUGGUGGUGAUGAUGAGGAUGAUGAUGACUUGGAGGGGUUUUCGCCGGUUCCGGAAUUCGCUCAUCGGAGGUCGAUGUGUAGGUCGAGGAAGCCAUUGUUGGAGACCAUAGCUGAAGAGCCGAUAUGUUCAAGAUGA